CGCAGCGACCGGCGCUACCCGGAAAUGCUCCAAUAUUACGUUUCAUUUACAGAAAAAGUUGGAAAAGUGCUGGAAGGAUGUCCUGUAACACCAGUGUGACUCGUGUCCUUGUGUCAUCUGUGGGCCAAGCACAGCGGGUCCCAGUCCAGCUGAUGCCCUGUGAGAUUGAACAUAGUGGACUGGCCUCGGUCUCACAGUACUUGACUGCUACCACCAAAGAUGGCAAACUAGAAAAGACAGUGUCAUUCAGAGGACGUGGGUUGAAGGGACAGGAGCUCAGCUGUCCACAUGGCUACACUGGCUUGGUGCUGAAAGAGAUCAACAAGCCCGGCUCAGACCAAGAGGACAGAACAGUGAAGGUAACCUCUGUGUUUGACAAGCUGACCUACUGGAACCUGGAGACGCCUCCGAACUCAGACGAUACAGUUGUGAUGGCGAUGGAUUGGCCAGAGCUGGCUGAGGCGAUCCACGGGCCAGUGGAAGACUGAAGAGGUUUCUGGCCACACUCAGUGAAAGAAAGGCUUAUAACGAGUGUUAUUCAGUGUUACUAUAGCAGAGUAAUGAGCAACAGAUGUAAUGUUUAUAUUUUUGUAUAUGUUCUUUUGUAGUGAAACACAGGAAAAUAAAAGAUACUGCUGACUGAACAACCAGUGUGAUUAUGAUUCACUGAAACAAUACCUCCACAUUGUUUCUACUCAACAGUGUAUUCACAAGGUAACAUUUAGAUUUUGCACACUGGCUACCAUGAAAGUCUUGGAAAUGAUCACAGACUGAACCGUCCCUUCUGAAUAUCCAAAAUGCUUCAAUUUGCGUGAUAAUACCAGUCAGUUUUCAUCAGUACAUACAGAAACUGUAGAAAUGGUGCAGGACAACAAAUUCCAAAGUGUCAAACAGUCAUUUAGGCACAUUUAAAGUUUAAAUUUAAACAUUUAAAGAAGUCACAUGGGCAGUAAGAAAUGCCAAACACAUUAAGGGUAGAUCCCCAAACUAACCCUGACGGAGAACGCCCAGAACACUCGAUGAAAUAUGUGGCAAAAACAUAAGUAUGAUAAGAAAGCCAUAGUGAUCAGAGAAUCUGGCUGAUUUUACAGUAAACGCUUGUAUAUAAUUGUGGACAGCUACCACAAAUGCAUUGAUGGGUUGUCAAUUUCAGUUUGCAUGGCUGACACUUUAAUAUUUCUGGGCCAGUUGCCUCUCCCUCAUCAGACUUCUUGCUGCAAUUUUCAAAGAAAUAAGGGAAAGUAAAGGCCAUUUGGCACAGCUGAUUUUCUACGCCAUCAGAUACAGAGUAGUGUGAAUAUCUGCUAUUGAUGAAGCAGCUUCAUUAAAACUGAUGCAAGGAAAAGCUUGUAUUCCGGAUUUCCAUGGUCAUGACAUUCCUGGAAAUGUAAUGAAAUUAGAUAAAAUGCAUUUCAGGGCCUGGAAAUGGUUUGGAAUUAACAGAAUUGACAGUAGUACAUAGACCAGACUGGCAUCACGUCAUCUUCAAGGCUGCGCCUCCUUUUGGUUGGAAAGUAUAAUGCAGUCACAUCAGGAUAGAGAUAGAAAAAUUCCAAAAAGCUGUAGUGUUGAGGGUUAACUAAGGCUUUUACAAUGAGAUUUUAAGCACAUAAGAUUCCUGAAAAUUCACUGUCAGUGUGGAAACUUGCUAAAUGAUGCCAGCGACAGUUACUACUGAUGGGUAGCUAACGUUAGCUUGAGUAGGACGCUGCUGCAGUACAGUCAUCAGACUGUCUCCAACUACAGUAAAUCUCAGCCUGUAGAUUGAACAUUUGACUUACACGUUGGAGAUUUACACUUGGCCAAACGAUACCUGAGGAUUCAAUCAAAUAUGUUAAUUCAAUUGGAUGUGGAAAGAGUGAAGGGACAUGAUGGCGAUCACCCUUAAUUUAACAAGGUAUCGUGAAUGCUCAGGUUCAGGCAAGGUCACAAAACAAUUAUUAGACAUGCCCAUAAAAGAAAUGCCUAUUUAACAAGAAAUGAAUACAUACAGAAUGAAUGAAUGAAUUAUAAUUCAAACACAUCAAAUUGUGCUGACACUUACAGGAUCUUUUGUUAUCUUUCCUCUAAAAAGGGGCGUGGCCCUGAUGUUUUGCAGAGGACCCGUAUGUGCCGGUCUGGCCUAUUGGCAGCUAGUUGGCGCCAGUAAUUUCUAAUGAGCGAGUAAAGUGGAAAUGCCUGGGAAGUGCGUGUUUAAUUAUGUAUGGCUGUAUCGCUAUACAGGCACACCCAUUUACACUACUUAAAUUAAGUCAUGGAAAUAGAGAACAGUAUCACAGAAAAGUAAAGUAAUUGUUCUGACAGGUAAAAGUGAGUGAAAACCCUGUGUACUACAAGUUAUAAAAUGGCACUCUCUGAUAAUAAUUUUAAAAUUUGUGCAGGUUUCAUUUUGUAAAUAAAACACCAGACAGUACAACACUACUACAUUUACAGUCAGUCAAACUUUGCUGGCACAGAGUCAAACUGAAAAGGCAGUCGUACAGAUUACAUGUCAUGUAACUGAUCAACUUAAAAUGCAACAGCUUUCCCUUAUUUGUGUUCAGAGUUAAUAUAGCGAACAAAGUGAAGGAUAUCACACAACUCUUUGAAACAUUUUUUAACAUUACUGAAUCUUCUUACAACAAUGAAGUGUCUGAUGAUUUUCUAUACUCAUACAAAUGUAUGAGUAAUGAUAAAGAAAUCUUGGCUCCUCGUUUGACAGCAAUUUUAGUUUUGAGCAGCACCACGGUGCUUGUGCAACCAUGUUUUUACCAUGUUAGAAGUAUUUCAAAAAAUACAAUGUAAACUUUUACACGCCUCCACCUCAUCACGCCAGGAUCACUGCCACUGCCUCUUUACUUGCCAGAACCAAAAAGACGUUACUGAUCAAUUUUAAGGCUUUUCAUGGCCUCUGUUCUAGCUAUAUCUCUGACCUUUAGGGCUUUUCACACUGCACAGCCCAGGACUAGCAGCAGUGUUAAAAUGUCACCAGUAGCAGGGCUUUAUUUGAGACGGGGCUAAAACAUCAAAAAGGGAUAAAACAGCUAAAAGAAUGAAAAGUAAACAUCUAGUGUUUUAACUUUUCCAGCAGCAGCAAAUAGAGGAAAUGUUGCUAUUCUUGUUUUCAUUAAGUUAGCUAGUGUGCUAGGUACUUAAGGUUUCUGACAGUAGUGGUUACCAUUGUUACAACUUAAAGCACAGGUGAACUGGUGACAUAACCAAGGAGUCGUGUGAUAGGACAACAAAAAUGUGAUGCGAAGCAGCUCCUUUUCAGCUCCGGCAACUUUUACCCUGUGUUUAGUCAAAUUUCAUUGGCUAACUCUGCUCUGGAGCCAACCAAUAAGCCCUAAGUUAAUGUCAUGUUAGCCCACUUGGAAUGUGCCAGGACUGUGCCCGAGGAAAUCCGAUCAGCUGAGUCUGUAAACUCUUUUAAAGUUCCUCUUCAAGCAUUGAUUAAACCCCCAAAACUAAUUUCUAUUCAUCAGAAUUACGUGAAAAAAAUCCCUUCCCUUCAUGCCUUAAAAUGGCUUAGAUUUAAUUUUAUACAUUUGCCUUAUUUAGUAUGUGCAGAUCUAUGAAUAUGCAUACUGGCCCCUACCACCAUCUCCAGCCACCCCUCAGCCACCCAGCUGCAGCUCGAGCGCACCUGCUAAUGUUACAUAAACCAUGUUCCCCAUCGACAGCUCUGACAAGUUAAAAUGAACCUGGCUCCUCCUCUGAUAACAAUCGUUUAAUUUCCCAGUAGCGUUAUGCUAACGAUAUGAAGAGCCUCACCCUGUGAGGAGAUUGGCUCCUUAGGUUUGUGAUGCAACAAACCUUGGCAGUCUGAAUGUGCGUUCUUGAGACUGUCACUGUAGUUCUCCGAUCUGCUUAUGUUGCUCAUAUGUCUAAUAGUAUUUUAAAAACACCAUAUUGACAUAUUAAUAAGGUUUAUAAGUUAUAAGGGUAAUACAUUUUCAUUGGAGGAGGUCUUUAUUUUUCUUAAAAAAUAAUUUAAUCAGAGAGAAUUUUCCAAUUUUAUUAAGUUUCAGUUUCCUUUCAACUGCCUUUUAUUUCCUUAACAAGUUCCUAUUCUUACCCUUUCCUACACUGUAUUGGAUUCAAUACACAUUGUUUUUUAUCAGUUUUUUUUAACCUGAUGAUUUAAUGACUUUUCUGUUUUUUUGCUGCCUUGUGAAGCACUUUGUCACGUGAAUUUUGAAAAAUGCUUAAAAAUGCUUGAUGCUUAAAAAGAUU